AUGUCCCUCACAAGAUUAUCCAAACAAUUUCACCCAAUCGUCAGAAAUGCUUUUGCAAAACAGUCAGCAUCAUUUGCAUUGACCCAACCAUUUCGUCACUUUACCGUGCCAACCAUAUUCAACACUACUAAGCCUGCCAUAUACAACUCCAUCAAGACAAAUGUCAGAUCUUAUAGCGUCUUGACAGAAUCUCCAGAGGCCAAAUUAUACAAAUACGAUGACGUUAAAGACAUUGCUGCUAAUCCAAAAAAACACCCUGAUUCAGUUUUGGUUGACGUUAGAGAACCAGUUGAAUAUGACGAUGGCCAUAUCCCGGGAGCAAUCAAUCUUCCAUUCAAGAGUAGUCCAGGUGCUUUGGACUUGUCUGAAGAUGAUUUCCUUGAUAACUUUGGGUUUGAUAAACCAGACAAGAACAAAGAGUUGGUAUUUUAUUGUCUUGGAGGUGUUAGAUCUACUGCAGCUGAAGAAUUGGCCAAUACAUUUGGAUACAAAAAGAGAGGAAACUACGUUGGUAGUUAUGAGGAUUGGCUUGCCCACGAGAACAAGAAGAAAUCAGUAGAUUAA